AUGAAUGGACUUUAUUUUUUUUGUUUCUAUAGUUCGCAUGUAUUUAUGUCCUUACCAACACAUCUGACCAGUAAUGCUUCUCAAUUGCCUUUUUUCUGUUCAUCAAAUUCACUUGUAUUCUAUCUCGAUGAUCCCACUACAUUCUCCCAGGUGUUAACACUUUAUAAUCCAUACGACUUUGCUGUUCGUUAUAAGGGUAAA